GUCUUUUCAGUUCUUGUUCGAACGAGUAUAGUGUUGUUUUUUUUUUUGUAUCAGAAGAAUGAUUUUCCUUCAUUGAUCAUUUAGCCUCAGUAAAUCGGUUGAAAAAGCCAUUUCUAUUUCUCAAACUUUUCCCCUCUGCUCUCUCAAUGCUACUCCAAAGACGGAAUAGGAAGUUUCCUAAUGAAAACAAUAAAUCUUAGUUAGAAGAUUAUAAUUGUUGUGAAGCGAGAGAAAAAAAAACAUAUCAACAAAAAGGUGGAAAAACAGGGAAAGAUAGUACGAAAAACAGAGGAGAUAUACACAGAGAGAGAGAGAUAGAGAGAGAGAGAAGGGAGAGAGAAAAAUAUAGACCAGCGCACCUAACUCCGCUUAGCGACGUUCUUUUGUCGCCUUUUGUGUCAUAAAACAUGUCUACGAGAUUGCAUAGUGGAGCGCCGCCGUUUUCUAAUGAAGAAUUCGAAGAAAAACUGGAAAGAUUUCGUGAUUUGAUAAAAGAGAUAACUUUACAAGGCUACGAAGCAACACCAGAGGAGAGACGCCAAAUUAUAACCGAACAACUCCGAUAUGAUCAGUUCAGUGAUUCCAUCCGACAAUUGUUUGGUUCUGAUAUUAGGAAUCAAAACUUAAAAAACAUAUAUAGAAAGAUCUCAACUAAUCCUGAUGCACCGGUUGAUUGGAGCGAGAUAUUUGGCCUAUUGCAUCCUGAUCAGGAAGAAGCAACCGAAAAUUAUGGACUACCUGAAGAAGUGUCCGUAUUUACUGUUGGAGCUAGACGGAGGAUAGGAGAAGCUGCAGGAAAUCGUAAAAGGAGAGAUGUUGUUCAAAAUAUUAGAUAUAUUCCAGGGCAGGACUGCUAUUUAACUGCUUCGCAACAAGGAUCAUUGUCUGUUUGGUCUGCGUCUAAGUUACGACUUGUUGCAUGUGCCGAUAUUCGUGAAAAAUCCUGGGUUACCGGUUGCGAUUACUUACCUGGAUUAAGACGGGUAUUGACUUGUACUGAGAGGGGUCUAGUUAUCUGGGACAUAAGAGCUAAAAGUAACAAUCAACAAAUGUUUGUUAUAAAGCCAAUCGAGCAUUCUCCGCAAUGUUGUUGCUACUUGCCACCGGCAGCUAAUCCUUUUCAAUCGGACAAUCCUAAAGAAUCUAAUAAUGCGUAUGACGACAUAUUAUUAUUUGGUGACGACCAGGGCUGUGUCAACGUUCUUGCUCUAUCUGCCUCUGAUUUAACAGUUAAGAAUCCAACAAAGGAUAGAAGAUAUUCUCAAAGCGAAAAUUAUACUAUUAAUCCAAAUAAACUUACCACUCCGAUUAGGAGGAGACGUUUACAUAACGAUUGGGUUGUCAAGGUUAAAUAUUUCAAAGAUUUAAGGUGUUUCGCUUCAUGCUCUCCUUCGUCUUCGAAAUCUUUUGUUCUUGAAGAAGUCGAAAGACUUUUGGACGAUGGUCCAGUUCGCGGUGUAGCUAUCUCCAAAGGUGUUAAUGCUUUCGAUUAUUGCGCAAGAUCUAAUGUAAUAGCUACUGGGGGAGUAGAUAAAAUAAUAAGGGUCUGGCAUCCGCAUAUCUUUUCCAGACCUACAGGAAAACUUAUGGGUCAUCUUUUUACAAUUGUCGAUAUUGUUUGCAAUGAGAAAGACCAACACAUCAUUAGCUUAAGUACAGCAAGAGUUGUUCGUAUAUGGGAUAUUCAUACUUUAACAAGCCUGCAAGUCUUUUCUGAUACCGAAGAACGUGCUGGAGAAAAAAGGAUAUAUUCUAUGCUGUUUGACAACAAAUAUGAUCGACUCCUAACUGGCUCAAGCGUCCUUGAUGUUUGGCCUUUAACUAGAUCAGUUCAAGAUACAAUGCAAGUUCCUCAUACUCAUGAUCGUCCAGUUUCUGGUUUAAUUAUAAAUGCAGAACUGCAGCAAGUAAUUACAGUUUGUACAGAACCAACAAUGAAAGUUUGGGAGAUUGAAGCUGGAAAACUUGUAUUCCAAGUUCACGAACUGCACGGCAGAGGUAUCGAGGUAACGUCAAUGGCUGUUGAUUCGUCAGGUUAUCGAUUAGUAACUGGAGCAGCGGACGGCUCAAUAAAAGUUUGGGAUCUUGGGUCUGGGCAAGUGAUUAAAACGUCACUUGGAAAGGGCACUGGUGAUGAUGAUGAAUAUGCUGUAGUCUCUAUAGCCUAUAAUUUAAUAAAUGGUGUCAGACACCUUAUAGUUGCUGGUAGGGGAAACAGCUUAUUGCUCAUGCGUGAUAGCAACGAAUCAACCGAAUUAGAGUACGUUUAUUCAUUUAAAGAGUAUUUAAGAAAUACCGGAAGUACAAGUGCUAACUCUUUAUCCUCGGAAACCUCAUUCAAAACAUUAUCAGAUACUCGCAGAUCACGAUCCCAGAUAACUAGUGCCUUUAGAAAGGACCAAGUUCUUUCUCAACAUGAAAUAAGAAGUAUGACUUGCUUAACUCGAGAUGAUUUAGAGUCCUACAUUGCAAUAGGAUGCCAUUCCGGAGCAGUAUUAUUAUGGUCUUUAAAUAAUAGAGAAUUAAUUAAAAUAAUGCUUCCGCCAGUCCCAUCAAGGUCGCAUUCAAGAUCGUCUAAAAGGAGUGGUAAACUACCAAGAACAGUUCCCCUAGUAAACAGGGCAGUUAACGCAGUUCUUUUCCUUGUACAUAAAAGACGUCGAAUUGAUCCAGCCUAUUUAGAAAGAAAAGCGCAAAAAGCAAAACAAGAAGUUGAUACAUCUCCAAGACGUUCUAUAUCUUCCAGAGCCUCUCGUGCCUCUCGAAUGUCCAGAGCAUCACUUGCUCAAUCAGUUGCUAAGUCAAUUGUUAGUCGGCAAGAUGGUUCUCCCCACCUAGGUAUUGAUAGUCUUCAAGACCAAAAAGUAGAAGAUGAAGGAACAGAAACUGAAACGGAAGAGGAUGACUUAACGUCUCAUACAAUUGAGGAAGUGUUUGAACCAGUAUUAGCAUCUUGCCAUAAAGAUGGCUAUGUGCGGAUGUGGAAUUUACAGGGAGAACUACUAUUAGAAUUAUCUUCAUUCAUGUCAAAGGACUCAGCGACUCCAAUAACGUCUAUAUGCAGCGACAGUGAUUCAAAAUAUAUUGUUAUAGCAGACAGUAAGGGAUAUCUGAAUCUAUGGGAUGUAUCGAAUUUCCUUAUGAAUCCUAAACAAGCCAAUGCGGCUGAUGCAGUUGAUCAAUUGAUCUGCUGGCGUGGACACUUGACUAGAAUAACAAGACUUGGAUAUAUAUCAUCAUCGUCAUUAAUUAUAUCUGCAGCUGUUGAUGGUUCGGUUCGACUAUGGUGGGGAAAGAAAGGACGAUUUGCGGGAUUUUUUGGACAACAGAGGGCACUAUCUUUACCUAAUAGCGAAGAAACUGCGGGAAUGUUGGUUCAACCGUAUGAUAUUACUGAGGCACCUUUUGUACCACCUCAUCGAUCUGAUAAGAUCAAAGUGCAAAGAUCAAUGCAAAGAAAGUUUGAAUAUCCUUUAGUAUUUGACAAGCAUAAAUGGAAAACUUUUAGAAGAUCAGCAUACGAAGCUCAAAGAGAAAAUGAAAGUGCUAGAGAAGAACCAGAAGAUAAAAAAUGGUUUGAAGCUUUAGUAAAACCAAAAAUUGAACCAGGAAGCGUUGAAACCCUACCAAAGAGUGAAGGUCGACACGGAGCUAUAUUUGGCUCCCUACCUGUUUAUAAGCUCUCAACGGAAGAAAAGCCUCAAAUGCCUGAGCAUUUAAUGUUGUUGCCAAGACAAUCCGAUAAAGACGGCAGAGGAAAAUUUAGGGCAAUUAAUCACUUUUUACAAGGUGGAAGAGCCUUGACAAAAGCAAUGGAAAAAGAUCAAAAGAGAAAACGUCUACCUCCGUUAAACACUUCUCGCUCCUCUCCACCAAACCUCCUACUCACAGUUAAUAAACAGUAA